AUGGAACAGUCAACAGCUGGUGCAAGUGGGGCAGCUCCACCUAAAACGAAGAAGGAACCUGGAGCUCUAACAGGGAAGAGUGUUGUAGUGUUGAAGCCUUGUGACGUCACAAUAAAGGAUGGGACAGUAUUCAUGCCUAACAUGAUAGAAAUGGCUCAACUCAAAAAAUCAGAAAAAGGACAGUUUAAAACAAAUGUGCAGUUUUCUUCAAAGAUGACGGAAACGGACAUAAAAAGGAUAUUAGCGGAGACGUUUCCUUUUCUCGAAUGUCAAAGGUAAUGAUAUAAUAUAUCAGUGAGUUUACGCAACAGGACGGCUGAAAGAAUAGAACGGCAAAAUGCUUAACUGUGACAAACGUGACAGGUCUACUACUGCUACUACUACUACCACUACUACUACUACUGCCACUACCACUACCGCUACCGCUACUACUACUCCUUCUACUUCUACUUCUACUUCUACUACUACUACUACUACCACUACCACUAAUAAUAAUAAUAAUAAUAAUAAUAACCUGGUUAAACAGGAUGACCAUUUCAGUUAUAAAAACUGCUAUCAAUGUGGGUUCUGUAUAAAAAUAAAUGAAUAAAUAGAUAAAAACUUAAUUAUAUACGAAACUGGGAUACAUUACAUAAUUAUAUUCAAUAAACAAGGGUAGCCUCCUUAUGAACAAAACUACAUACAAUCAUUAAAAAGGGUAGCCCCCCACCCCUUAUAAAAAAAAAAAGCUCCCUUAGUCAACUCGAGAUUGACUUUACCAAUAGAUAACCUAUAUUUAGACCUAGUGUCAUAGUCAUGAAUACCAUAAGUUCGCCGUCGAAAAUAAUCUGAGAAUUGUCAGGAAUUCACUUAACAUUGAUGCUUUUUGCUCUUCUGCAAGAAAAAGUGUUUAAAGGAAUGUGAGGUUUGGCGGAAAGUUUUUUCAAAGAAAAUCAUUGUCACGCUUGUCACACAAGGUUUGCCGUCGUCUUUCGUCUCCCGUCUUGUUGCAGAAGUUUACUUUUAUUAUACGAGACGGUUUUGAUUAAGAAAAAUUAAUUCAAGGUAAUUUGUAAAUGAAUGAUUGCCGUCCUUUUAUACUAACUAGGCAUCUUCAAGGACCAGUUGAGGAUAAAUUGCAAGACAGUCCUAUGCAAACACUAUAGCGGGAGAUAAGUAGCCUCCCACGUAUACGAGACGUAGCCUGUACACAGACGUUGUUUUAUUUUUGCUUUCGUUCUUUUCGGAAAACAUCAGCGAGCUCGCGAGAACGAGCGCAGACCGCGAGAAAGAAAAAUAAAGAAUUUCUUCCCUCACCACUACCCCCUUGCGCUGGCGGUCAAUAAAUCCCGUGCGGUUUAUAUUUUAUCACCCGGACUCGAAGGACUUUGAAGAGAAAAUAGAGGGUCUGUGAACAGGUUAAAGUAGACGUUCUGUUAGCUCGUCACGCAAUCCUCCCCAACGUUCGUGGGGCAGGAACGCGUGACAAACCCCUAAGAACGUCAGUUUUAGUAGGAGGCUAGGAGAUAGUGGAUGAUUUCAAAAAGCAACAAAUUAAAGACAGGGCAAUCCCAUAGCAUUUCUCGCUUUUAGAAUGGAACGAAUUUCGCCGGGAACGCUAAAACUUUGAUCUUUAAAGAGAUGUUCUCGUGUUCUUAUUUUUAUUGAUUAACUUAAACGAACAACAGCGGUCGAUAAAUGUUGUAAGCCCUGUUGACCUUGUUGUACUACAAUGAUCGUGUGGGCAGUGGGUUUUCUUUGCAGCAGUAACUAAUCGAACAAACUCGCAGUACAGUCGUUUUGUCUGAUUUGUUUAGAUUUUUCUGAUGAUCGCCACUUUAUCUACCAUAGACGAUGCUUCAUUGAGCGCAGCAUAAUAUAGAUAUAUUGAAUAUAAUUAAUUUUAGACCUGAGUGUUUUUUCCUGUUUGCCGACGUAGGUUCUACUGUGCUGGAGCAGUGGACCGUCGAAUAAGGUUAGACUUCCAUGGAGAGCGUCGGAUUUGGGAUGGACGUCUUAUAAAGAAGAAAAUAAAAGGAAACUCCACUCUCUACAUUUAUACUGAUGAGGUAAGGUUUCUAUGUAAACAAAUAAAAUAA